UCGUUGCUCCAUAGGCAACUUAGCGCUAACGGAUGCGGUCGUCGGCAUCGGGGAAAGCGCGACGCGAGUGAGCUCGCCGGCUUGAGUUGGGUGGUUCGCUCGCAGCAUGGUCCGCUACGUGAAGCAUCGUCGAGCGUCUUAGAGGGUGUCCGCAGAUCAGUCCGGUGGGUCGACGAACGCAUUCAGCAGGGACCAAACAUAGAUUCAAAAUUCCCUUCUUCCUUUUCCUCUUUCCGCCAUGAAUGAGACCCCGGAGUUGUUGUUCGCAACUUCGGUGCACUCCAGGGACAAACCUCCUGGAAGGAUUGGAGGCUGCGUCGGCACAUUUCUUCAGCUUUUCGACUGGAAUCCGAGGAAGCGCCUGUUCUCCACCAAGCGGCUCCCAGCAGAGCGCCCGCGGAAGCCUACGAAGAAAAAGUUUAAAGAUGAGCGAAUGCCGGUGGCGAAGCUGUUGCUGCUCGCGGACGAAGAGAAUCGGGGAGGGUUUCCUUCUCCGAAGAAGUUGUCCGCCGCGGCAGCGGCAGCAGCAGCUGCGGCUGGUGGGGACCGCCCCAAGGACAACGGGGAUGAGCAUACAGGGAAGAGAGUGCCUGGCGUGGUGGCCCGGCUGAUGGGGCUCGAGUCCCUACCCGAAUGCAACUAUGGGAGCGAGGGCAAGGAGUCGCCUCAACACCCGAAAAUGUCAUCCGGGGUCGAGGUCCGUCCUCUUCAGGAGCUACUUCACGCGCGCCAGGAGCCAGUUCUUCUGCAGGAUCUACUUCGGGAGCGAGAGUACCUCGAGGCGAAAAAGCUCUCUCUGAAGGAACGCCUUUCUGUUCCGGUUCCAGGAUUUGUGAAGAAUUUGCCUUCGGAGUCGGGCCAUCAGAUGUCAUACGUACCCCCGAGAGAUGGAUUCAAAAAAUCCUUGAGAGGAGGCGAGCAUUUGCAGCCUUACUCCGAUCAAAAGUACCACAAGAGUCUGCGCCCUUUGAAGAAGUCGGGCAGGGAUUUGUCCGAUGCCAAGCACCUCAUCCUAGCCCUGUCACCUCGUUCCAACGGUGACAGUUUGAGGCCCAUUCUCCUGCCUUCGAAAGUCCACAACAAGCUGAUGAGCUCCCCCAUCAAGUCGCCCACCAAAAUGGGCAGUAGAAGCGCGCGACUCUUAGAAGCAGCCGUGAAAAUACUCGAGCCGAGUCUACAAUCGAGCACAGCUCGCUCCCGCCCGCCUCCUGUUCGGCCAUCUUCAGUGUUCACAACGAAAGACUUCAAGGAUGUGGAAAGCGAAGUGGCGAGGGCAGAGGAGAGGAAGGAACGGCUACCGAUUGUGGAGAAGAAAGUAGCAAUUUCUACCAAUGCUGGUCGAGCAUUGAAGGGGCAGAGCAUGAGCCGUAGUUGGAAUGGGAGGGAGGAAACAGGUCGAUACAGCCAUGAUAUUAAAAAUGGAAGCUCACUCGCAGAGAACCCGGGAAGGAGACGAUCAGACCAUCAAUCUCAGUCCACAAGCCACUCGAGAACUGCGUCCCCGAUGAGGAACUCGUCCCAGCAGCGCACUCGCAGCAACAGCAACAACAACAGAUUCACUCCUCCACCCGAAGACAACGUCAGAUUAGUGGAGGAAGUCAAGACCGUGGUUCCGCAAGGAUUUGAAGAAGCCUACGAAGGAGGACUGAAGCCGCUCAACGUUGGGAGGCGUGAGCAGAUCCGGUUGGACAAGUUCGACAUGGAAGAGAGGAGGAUUUCUGAGAAGCACAUGGUUUCUUCUCUGUCUGUGGGCAACAGUCCGUACUCCGAGACCAGCGACAGGGGGCCACCGUCCUCGUUCCACGAUCCUCUUCGACGCAGCGGCAGCACCAAAGAAGGACCGACACCUCCAACUCCGACAUCGGCGUCCCGGACCAGAUUUCUUCGCAGCAAGAGCGUCAAAGAGGAGAAAAUAUCAAAGUCUUCUGGCGGUCAGUUCCCCCAUCAGUACAAACACCACAGAGAAAGCAAGGUGAAGCAGGAGCAGCAGCAGUCCGCCGCUUCCGUUCCCAUCGUCGCCAGCACCCAGGAGCCUCGAAGCAAAGUCGAUGCUCCAUCUGCCGAGAAAGCUGUUGCCGAUCUGGGCGAAAACUCGAACGAAUUUUUGAAGACGAUCAAAGCCAUCAAGACGAAGCCCGUUAGCACUCCGACCGAAGAACGAGUACCUGUACAACAGCAGGCGCCCGAAGUACCUGAAGCACCGCUACCAAUUGCUGUGGUGGAGGAGCCUGCUCAACCUGAGCCCGAGCUCGAGCUUGAAGUUCCGCAAGUCUCUGAAACUACCGAAGUCAGCGUGUCUCCCGAGCAGGAAGUGAAGGAUGUGCCUGCUCCAGCUCGCAGCAACAGCGGUGGAGGUCUUCUUAGUUACAGCAGGCUAUUCGGAGCCCGCAAGAGUAGUGGAGGAGAGAGGAAGAGCGACACCGUCAAGGAGAAGUCCAAGGAUAAGAGCAAAACGCGUAAUGAGGCCUCUCAGAAGAAGAGUGAAAAUUCUCUCGUGCGAUCGUUGCUCAGGAGGAAGGCCAAUCCUCAGGGAAGUUCGUCUUCUACAUCGCCUUCUUCGGACAAGAAGAAACGCGGUGGAUUAAGGUUGUCCCUUUCAGCGCAACCUUCUCCUGAGGCAAGCGAGUGUGAUACGCCUGGAUAUCUGUCAGAGGACUGCUCCGUGGAAAUGGAGACGGAGACUACAUCGGUAACCUCUGCUCCGAGUGUGUACUCCGAAGACGCAGGCAGGGUGCGGUCGGCUUACUCCGAAAUAGACGACACCAAGAACUUAUCUAUCAAAUGUGUCGAUGAUGUCUUCCCUGACAAGCCCCCUGUGGACAAGGGUUGUUUGAAGCUUCUGGAGGAUGAGACCAAACGUGGACUCAUCGAAGGUUUCGACUGCGUCGACCUCAACGAACCGGACAUCAUGCGGGGCGGAAUUUCCAAGUACGCAGCCCACCUAAUGGACGACAUGAAAUUGGAAGAAAUGUUCUCGACUGGAAUCGUGAAUGCUGGCUCUGGCCGCAGUGGCUUUUCGUACAGUCCUUUGGUGGAAUUGGAAGAGCCUCCGCGUUCAUCCUUGGAGACGUAUCUUCUCGAAGGAGGUGCAACCGAGGUCGAGAAGUGCGUGUCCUUUUUGGGAAGGACGAGCGUCAUCUCUUCUCCGGAGGACGAUAGCCUCAUCAAACGCGAAGUGGCCGCCGAAGAUGAGCAACCUCCACGGAGCGAUGUGCGUCCAACCGAGGAGUUCAGUGCAUCUGCGAAUGAAGACCUGAAGCCGCCAUCAACUCCCGAGCUCACCGAGUCCAGGAAAACAGAGGACCGCGAAGACAUGAUCGAGCGCGUGUCCAAGAAAUUUGCCAGCAAAGGCAGAGUCGUGUUACCAGAUGAAGACGGCAUCGAAGAAGCUGUGUGCACUUCCGUUGGGAGAGAGGACUGCGGCCAACCGAGUCCCGUUUCCGUGCUGGAGUGCCCAUUCGAGGACGAGACGACCAGCUCCCAAGGGAACAUUCAGGAGAGCAUAUGCGAGUUAGAUGAUGAAGAUCUCGACGUCGACGAAGAUGCCUACAUCGACGAUCUUCUGUACGAGUCCGCAGCUGCCCUGCAGAAGCCGAGGAAGCCCAGGAGGUCGAGGAAGAGCACGCCUGUGACACCAGUCACGGACAUCGAAGUGUCUCCGGACAGUGGCCGCACGGAGAACGAGAAAAUUGUCGGAGCGAUCCUGGACAUAUCGAGGAUUCGAUGUAUUGACCCUUCGGAGUUCGGCCUAGAAAUGGAAUCCUCUGAAUCUGUCCAGGAAGAGGAGGACUACGUUUCGAAAAUUCUGUGUCUGUGGGAAAUGUUCCCGAAUCUUUCAGAUAAUAAUACAGGUGCAGAGCUGCCUGUGAACCCCACUCUUUUCGACAGGCUGGAAUCUCAAGAACGUGCUUUCGCAUGGGGUCGGGAGAAAGAUGGAGAGGAAUUUGGUACACGCAAAGAGUUCCCUCACAGAAGCUUCAAGCGAUGGCAGAGUCUGUGGCUUCAUCGUCGACUUUUAUUUGACUCCGUAAACGAAGCCAUGUCCUACAGGUUGAAGUACAAGUACCCUGAUCCCUGGAUCGCGAAACCUGUUUUGAGACCUCAGCCGAAAGGGAAAGAAUUGGUGAAGGAAGUGUACAGGGAAAUCAAGGAGUGGAGGGAGGGAACGACAGAGGAGCUGGAUACUAUUAUAGAAAAGGAUAUGAGUAGAGGUCCUGGAAACUGGUCUAAUCACAACCAGGAGAUUGCAGAGAUAGGAUUAGAAAUUGAAAGGACCAUUUUUAGAGUCAUGAUCGAGGAGUUGGUAACAGAAAUGAUGGGUAUGAGCACCAACAAACCAACAACGUAUGGUGUGGAAGCCUAUUAAUCUCUUCUCCGACUCCGCAUCCCUGUCAAACGCGUGGUGGGUUACGAGAUGUCCUGGCCAUUUUGGAGCAAGUCUUGGCCCAGCUGGUGAUGGGUUCUUCAUCCAAGCCAGUGGUAUUUGUCGGCAGAAGGAAGUUCUUCAUCUUCUGAUGUUUGCAGAUAUUUUGCGAUAUACACGAAACCAGUCCCAUUGUCGUCAUUGGUGGCCUCUGUACAUUAAGUGUUGAAACACAGCUCUUCCCGCCCGGUCUAGUUUGUUAAGAGUUUCUUCAGGUAUAUACUACCAAACUACUCGGCGGAAGGCCAUGUGGUGAACUACUGGCAAAAAUAUAAUUGCUGGUUAACAGAGAAUUGUAGUUAAACGCUUGUCCUUCUGAACAUUUGUAAAUUGCAUAUUUCAAUCAUAGAUACUUGGAUUCGAUAUC